CCUCUCUGCCAAAACAAAACACAUGCAAAGCAAAAAUAAGGAUAAAUUCGAAAAGAGUUGCUUGCUAGCUAAGAGAUAGAGACCACCAUUCCAGAUGAUGCAAUGACUCUGUAGGGUUUACCAGGUAGCUACACAUAUGCUGCAUAUGUGUCAUCCUUCCUGCAUGGCAACUCCCCAAGUGUCCCAUAUGAAUCCAAGCCCUCUUGGCUAAUUUAAGACUAGAGACCUCCACAUUUCAAACAUGCAAACGCCCUCCUGCCCUCAUCGUCCAUCAAUCCCACUCCUGACCGCUCCAUCUUAAUCUUCUAGCUAAGAAAAAAAGCCGUGAGGCCAAGCGAAGAAUCAACCAGCAACAGCAGCUACCCCGGUGGCAGAUCAUACAACUAUUACCUUCUAUCAUCAGCAGAUCAUCAUCCAUAUAUAAACCGUACGUGAUUUGAAAGAGCUAUAGCACUAGCUAGCCUCGAGUAACUGCGCGACCAUGCCGCAGCCAUAUCGUAGAUAUGAGUUUGGGAGGGCCGACGAGGCCACCCACCCCGACUCCAUCAGAGCUACUUUAGCCGAGUUCAUUGCCACCUUCAUCUUUGUCUUUGCUGGGGAAGGCUCUAUCCUCGCUCUUGGGAAAAUUUACAAGGACAGCGACACAUCAGUGGCUGAGUUGAUAGCUAUAGCUCUAGCGCAUGCGUUUGCUCUCUUUUCGGCCAUCUCAGCUAGCAUUAACAUCUCUGGUGGCCAUGUCAAUCCUGCUGUAACCUUUGGGGCUCUUAUUGGUGGAAGGAUUUCGGUUGUUCGUGCCUUUUACUACUGGGUGGCUCAGCUCCUAGGGGCUAUUGUGGCUUCCCUUGUGCUAAGGCUUGUCACAAAUGGCAUGAGAACUGUGGGGUUCAACGUCGCCCCUGGUGUUGGCGAGUGGCAUGGGCUAGUACUAGAGAUUGUGAUGACAUUUGGUUUAGUUUACACCGUAUAUGCUACAGCCAUUGAUCCUAAGAGGGGUAGCUUGGGAACUAUAGCACCUCUGGCCAUAGGGUUCAUUGUUGGCGCAAAUAUCUUGGUCGGCGGUCCGUUUGAUGGAGCAUCCAUGAACCCGGCAAGGGCAUUUGGACCAGCACUGGUAGGGUGGAGAUGGAAGAACCACUGGAUCUACUGGCUUGGACCAUUUAUAGGGGGUGGAUUGGCAGGUCUCAUAUAUGAAUACAUGGUCAUACCAACAGAGCCCCCCCACACCCACCACACUCACCAGCCCUUGGCUCCCGAGGACUACUAGUUUGUUGAUGGUGCAAUAAUAUCAAUGUAUGCAUUGGAAAAUAGCUUCUGCUAGCUACCUCCUGUGCCAUUCACAUGUUCAGUAGUGUUUGUGUUCAAUUUUCUGUAUUUUCUUUGCUCUCUUUUUGUUGGGUUGGGUUUGGGAGCUUUUUUCUCUUCGAUUGUGUUGAGGUCAUGUCCAUCACAUUCACAUAUGUGAUUGUAAAGCUAAUAAAGUGCCAAACACUUAUUUCUUUGGCCUAGUGCUC